AUUACACACUGGGUACUGAUCUUGCCUUAAAAGAGAAGCUUAAUUCUUGAAGAAUGUUGUCUGAAGGGUAUCUCUGUAAAAUCCCUUAUCAUGAACUCUUGAAUUACAAGCUCUAUGAUACAGAAACAGAAGAGGCAAUACAUGAGAUGAAGUCAUUAAAUGGUGUCACUUAUGAAUCAACAGAGAAAAUGCAAAAUAGAAGUUUAUUUUGGAAUUAUAGAUCUGUGGACAAAUUUAUGAUCUCUGUUUCUUCCCAAAAAAACAAAAAUAAUAAACAGCAGAAAGACACAUUGACACAGACGAUGCAGUAUCCAGUAUUUGAAAGGCAAACAUCUGAAGCUGUGGAAAUCUAUGUGGGAUCAUCCAUGAGCAAAGAUGCUUACCUCGUUCCCUCUUCUUGUAAAAGCAUUUGUAAGAACUACAAUGACCUGCAUAUCGCUGGCGAUCAGGUGCUACCAAUGAAUUCAGUUAAAAGAGAUGCUAUUUAUGACAGUGGGAUAUGCCCAUUCCUAGAAUCAUCAGAGAUUCCACUGCCAAUAGACUCAAUUCCAACGCUACCUGCUGAGGUCCCGCGGAAGCCAUCCCAAAGGAAUUCAUCGUGUUGGCGGGUGGCCAGCAUCAUGCAACAUCAGCAGCCUCUCUCUAAUUCAAUUCUGAAUAAUUAUUUGGAGGAGAAAGUGGUAGAGCUGUAUAAGCAGUAUAUCAUGGAUGUGAUGGGCAGCAGCAUAUCUCCCACUCAGAUCUUGACUUCAGAGUUCAUAAUGACCAACGUAGAUCAAAUCAGCAUGAAGCUAUCGCAAGAAAUGAACAUGAAGACCACCAAAGCCAAAGAUAUGGUUAUUAACCGCCUACUACAAUUAGCUAGUGGAAAGGUGUCCACUGAAAUUAGCACUCCCAGUCUCCACAUUUCCCAGUUCAGCAUUAAGUAA